GUGGAAUGAACCUUACUUGUUGAAUAUCUCCUGGUUACCGUUGGAUUCACUUGUAAAAGGACCAAUUUCCCCCUGUGUGGAAGCCACUUAGUGGCAUAUUUAAUUAUAAAUCCAGGGGUCACAAAGCCUUUGGUUUCUCAGAAGAGGGAGAUACCACUGUAUCUAAUAAGCUUAACAAUACAGCCAAAAUGGUGCUGUCCCAGAGACAACGAGAUGAACUAAACCGAGCUAUAGCAGAUUAUCUUCGUUCAAAUGGCUAUGAAGAGGCAUAUUCCGUUUUUAAAAAGGAAGCUGAAUUAGAUGUGAAUGAAGAAUUAGAUAAGAAAUAUGCUGGUCUUUUGGAAAAAAAAUGGACAUCUGUUAUUAGAUUACAAAAAAAGGUUAUGGAAUUAGAAUCAAAGCUAAAUGAAGCAAAAGAAGAGUUUACGUCGGGUGGACCUCUUGGUCAGAAACGAGACCCAAAAGAAUGGAUUCCCCGUCCACCAGAGAAAUACGCCUUGAGUGGUCACAGGAGUCCAGUCACUCGGGUCAUUUUCCAUCCUGUGUUCAGUGUUAUGGUCUCUGCUUCAGAAGAUGCUACAAUUAAGGUUUGGGAUUAUGAGACUGGAGAUUUUGAACGAACUCUUAAGGGGCAUACAGACUCUGUACAGGAUAUUUCAUUUGACCACAGUGGCAAGCUUCUGGCUUCCUGUUCUGCGGAUAUGACCAUUAAACUAUGGGACUUUCAGGGCUUUGAAUGCAUCAGAACCAUGCACGGCCAUGACCACAAUGUUUCUUCAGUAGCCAUCAUGCCCAAUGGAGAUCAUAUCGUUUCUGCCUCAAGGGAUAAAACUAUAAAAAUGUGGGAAGUGCAAACUGGCUACUGUGUGAAGACAUUUACAGGACACAGAGAAUGGGUACGGAUGGUGCGGCCAAACCAGGACGGCACCCUGAUAGCCAGCUGUUCCAAUGACCAGACGGUGCGUGUGUGGGUGGCAGCAACGAAGGAGUGCAAGGCUGAGCUCCGAGAGCACGAACAUGUGGUAGAAUGCAUUUCCUGGGCUCCAGAAAGCUCCUAUUCGUCCAUCUCUGAAGCAACAGGAUCUGAGACUAAAAAAAGUGGCAAGCCUGGGCCGUUUUUGCUGUCUGGCUCCAGAGACAAGACUAUUAAGAUGUGGGAUGUCAGUACUGGCAUGUGCCUUAUGACCCUGGUGGGCCAUGAUAACUGGGUACGUGGAGUUCUGUUCCAUUCUGGGGGAAAGUUCAUUUUGAGUUGUGCUGAUGACAAGACCUUACGUGUAUGGGAUUACAAGAACAAACGGUGCAUGAAGACCCUCAAUGCGCACGAACACUUUGUCACCUCCUUGGAUUUCCAUAAGACGGCACCAUAUGUAGUCACUGGCAGUGUAGAUCAAACAGUAAAGGUGUGGGAGUGCCGUUGAUUGGUUCUCAUUUGGCCCCUCCUCCCUUUUUUCCUCUGGAUGCACUCUGAUGAUACCAUGGUUACCCCAUUGAGCUCUGUUUAAAUAAAUAUUGUCCUUUCAUGUAAAUUAUUCUGGAUGUAGAUUGAGCUUAUUAAAUGUUACACACAAAGUAUUCAUGCAUGGUGAAUCCAAAUUGUAUACUGUAAAUUUACAUGCGUUGUCUAGAGUACCAUAGAGUUAAAAACCUGGGCUGGCAUCGGUCACACCAGGCCUACAAAGGCAGAUGUCGAAUAAAUUGAACGAGGGCACUAAGUAGUUGACAAUGUCAUUUUAUGUUGAAUUAUAACUCCUGUUUUUCUUUCUCCUGUCUGUUGGUGCCUGACUCGAUGGCCUCGUUUGAGGAAAAGUGGGGUGGUGAUUGGGGCUUUUUCUGAGAUUGUAUCUAUGUAACAUCACUUAAGUGUGCUUAAUAAAUUUUCUUUAAGGGUGUUAGAUAUUAUGUCGACAAUUCAAGAUCUUCUCUAAACCAUCUAUGUAACUAAUGGGGAUUACACAUUGGAAAUUUUGUAAUGCCUCAUUUGCCAAAUCAAUAGGUUGUUUUGGCAGCCUAGCAAAUAACACCUAGUGGUGUAUUUAUGUAAGAAAAUGACUGUAUAUCGCAAAUAAGAAAAAUCUCAGCAUCUGUUAUCAAGUCAUUUCAUUUGGGUCAUAAUGGCUUAUAAACAGGUUUAAAAAAAGAGAAAGAAAAAACACGGACUCCACACGUUUCUUCUCCACACUAGACAUACUUCCAGUUCUGCUCUCCAUACAGUUCAACUGCCCAGAGAUGUGACUUCCAAGUAGAACCUGAUCUCCCCACUUUGUGUGUCAUGGUACAAAUCACUAUUCGUUUUUGAUGUUUUUAGGGAUGUGCAAUGUGCAUUAAAUGAUGACAAAAAAUUGAGAAGGCUGUGUUGGCCUUUGUUUAGGGGGUGGAAGAAGUACAGCAGUUGGUUUUUCAACGUGAAUCCGAAACGAGUUUUUGAAUUGUGUUUCACGUACAAGCUUGAAAAAAUUACAGGGUUUAAUGGAACGUGCAUAGAGAUGUACUGUUUUCACCUUUCACUGACAUAUUGAUAAGUCUGUAUCUGUUUUUCACACACACACCACCAUCCUGUGUGUGGGUCCUCAGUUCUCUAAGAAGUGCUAAAACAAAGAAUGGAUCCUGCCAUGGAAUAGAAUACCAUGCUUUGGGACAAACCCUUGGCCCUAAUGCUUCUGAAAAACAAUUGUGGGAAUUGUUCCCACUUACAGGAAAAUCACUUGAGUUAUUUUUUUCUCCCUGAUUGGCCAUUCAGCAUUUUUUACACAUCCCUGCUAUAGUGUAUAUUUUCAUCCAAGGUCACUACAAGUAAGCUUGUUGAAGAGAAGGUUUAUCCAUAACUUUUGGAAUAGUACUCCAUUGCAGAUUAUUAAUAAAGAAGUCCAUUGCUUAGCUAACCAAGUUUUUUUUUUAAUUUCAAGAAAGUUACUUGAAAAGUUAACAAUGAAAUAACUAUAACAACCUAACAGUGAUACAUUUAUUCUAAAUUGCAUUAUUUGUAUAAGUGGUUUUUAAAAUGUCCUGUUGAGUAUUUAAUGAAAACGUGGUUCCUAAAAAGACAAAGGGUGAGGGUCGACGUCCUGUUAUCUAUCUAUCUCUCUCUCUCUCUCACAUACACACACACACACAAAUAGGCCUCCCAUUUACUAGAAGCAGCGAUUGGUCUAGCCUGUGUUUCUUUGUUUCCGUGUUUGUUUGUUAUUUCAAUAAUUCCUGAGAGACCUCUCUGGAAGAGACAGUGUUUUGAGAACUAAUGGCUCUCUGUAAGGACAAUACAUUACAGUCUAGUUCCAUAAACACACACAGCAGAGUAACUUCCAAUGUUGUGUCAUAGCCUUGCUGACAUUAGGGCUGCUAGCUGUUCUGACUGAAUUUUUUACAAAAAGCUAUGGAAAAUAUCUUUGUUCUCGUUUGCUGCUAUUUCCUGUCCUGUUUUGAGAACUAUAAAGACAUAGAAAUGGUGCAUCUUCACAUUUGCUUGUACAUGUAUAAAUGUAUUUUAGUUCAUUUUUAGCAUGUAGCAACACAUUUUUGAAGGGUAAGCCACAACAUCUAGAAAUCACUCAUAAAGAUGAAUAAAGGAAAAAAAGGUACCGAUUUAGGAAGAAACAAAGCUGCUUGUCUGCUGAGUUUCGUCCCCAUGCAGCCUACAGCGACUUUUGUUGACAGAGGAGGAGAAACUAUAGUACUCUGUAAGCAAAGUUAUCCUCACAGCCUGCUGCUUACUUAAUUACCAGACAUCCUCCAUUCAUAAGCAGCAGCAAACAUUGAAUCUCAGGGAUGGUCCGCAACUGGAUCCAGAUGUAAAGAGCCCUGUUUGAAUAAUGAGGGAGGGUGGGGGAGAGCGAUCCAUCCACAACCCGGAAUCGAUUUGCAAAGGUUUCUUGUACUGUUGUUUGACACUGCCCUGUUGAUGCCCUUUUCUUCCUGUUUUCUCUGUCUGCUGUCUAACCCUGUGCCUUGCCUGGGAUAAGUACAAUGAUGAGGUUACUGGUUUGGAUUGUAAGUAGAGGAACUUAUUAAUUGGUUUAGAGGUUCACUGCUGCUUUGUCACUUUCACAACCAAAUUGGCCAUCUAGUUAAAAGGCUGGUAGAACUUCCUCCUCGGAUGAUGGACUUUCGUGUGGGUGGAGGUGAGGACCGACAUUCCAGUACUGCCCUGCUCUGCCGUGCCCAGGAAGCCCUCGCUGCACUCCGGAAAGUGCAAGCCAUGCAAGCCGUGGCUGAGCCGUCGCGUGAACAGUUGUCUCUCACACAGCUUGCACUUUAGGAGACUAAGACCAUCGUGUUGUGUCUAUAUGUGUGGUGUGACCAAUGGUGUGCCCAGAGCACUCCUCGCAAAAUCACUAGUGUUAGCAAGUCGUCCGGGCUGUGAAGCGCUCACUGUAGUCUUUCAGAAGCUUUGCUCUAAACUCACCACGCCCAGCCCCCCUGCCAGUGCCCUGCUCCCCUCCUCGCUUUGUUUGGGGUCUGCGUGAACUGCCAGGUGGUAUCACUCAAGAAAUAGUUUUUGUGGGUUGUUUUUCUUCCCUUACUUGAAGGGGGGGGGGGGGGAGGCGGAGAAACAAUUUCAAAGUAAAGGAUAUUUUGUUGACAGUGGUGGCUUGAUAAUCCUUAAGUGACUCAAGUUUUUUAAAAGAAAAAAAAUUGAAGGAAAAGGCACUUAAAAUGGUUACAUUUCCUGUCACCCUGUAUAAGUCCAAUGUGUUAAUCUAGAUGAUGCAAAGCUCUGGUAGAGAAGCGAUUUAGACAAAAGUGGGAAAGACAUGGGUGGAUUUCCUUCCAGCAGGGUCGGGGGAGGGCAAGGGGGGUUGACUGGACUUGAACUGGCCUAUUCUCUUUCCACUCUAUCAUGUAAGUAGCUGCUUUCUUGACCUGCCUACCCUUCAGGCAUCCCUAAAGCCCACUCGGGAGACGUUAGCAACAAACCUCAACUCUUCGGAGCUCGCACUUGGUCUGACACAGACGUGAAGGCAAGCGCUGAGACCAUAAAAUAAACAUUGGAGAGGUGGUCAUUGGAGAAAACAGUUCCCCAGAUUGUAAGAGUUACCUGAAGAUAUCAACACAAUUUAAAAAAAAAUCAGUAAAGGAAUGUAUAUAAUACUGCUCUUGUGUUUUACAGUAAGAUUUGUUGCUCUCAGACUGUGUAAAACAAAAUUUAUUCAUGUUUUCUGCAUAUUAAAAAUCUUAUUGUACCAAUUGGUAAACUAUUAAAUGCUAUAAAACUAGAA